CGCACGUCUCGUCUCUAAAUUCUUCGUCAUCUUAGAACUAUCAAUAAAUAUUAGAAUUUAAUUUUAAACUUUCAUCUGUGUUUACUAAUAAAUGUUUUGAUAUUCCACAUAAUAAAAAAAUGUAUGAAUUAAGUGGUUAACUGUAAUUCGUAAAUUGUGUUGCGUUCAAAAACUGUGCAAUGGGGACGAUUUGGGAUAAACCGUUAGGAUUGAGCUACGGGAAAAUGACUUUGAAAGACAGAACCUGGGAUGGAUUCAAUCGAUAGCGACACGUGUGUGUUAACCUUCCCCAAUGGCUGAGGUCCCGAUUGCAGUGUUUCUGUUGGGAAACAGCACAAAUAUAACAUCAUCUUUACCAAGUCACUCAGCAACAGGCAGGGAGUCCACCGAAGGAGGGGGGACCCAGAACCUGUGGGGCCCCAAGCGGGACCCACUGUGGGUAGUGGUGCCUGUGACAGUAUAUUACGUCAUCAUCUUCAUCAGUGGCGUAGUCGGCAAUGUCAGCACAUGUGUCGUCAUCGCUCGUAGUAAACACAUGCACACCGCCACCAACUACUAUCUGUUCAGCCUGGCUAUCUCGGACCUACUACUGCUGUUGUCUGGUCUACCACCAGAGAUGUAUCACAUUUGGUCCAACUACCCGUACGUGUUUGGCGAGACGUUCUGUGUGCUGACGGGGUUCGCCUCGGAAACCUCCACCAACGCGACUGUCCUCACCAUCACCGCCUUCACUGUAGAGCGAUACGUGGCCAUCUGCCAUCCCUUCCUGUCUCACACGGUCAGCAAACUGUCCAGAGCCGUCAAGUUCAUCAUGGCCAUCUGGAUCUUCUCGAUGCUCCUUGCUGUGCCUCAGGCUAUCCAGAUGGGCCUGGUCUACCUGAGAGACGAGGAUGGCCACAUAGUCAGUGAAGAGUACACCUCGUGCACCAUCAAACACUCCAUCAUCCCCUACUCCUUCUUCAUCUCCACCGUCCUGUUCUUCCUGACGCCGAUGACACUGAUCACCGUGUUGUACGUGCUGAUAGGAGUCCGUCUGCACAGCUCCAACCAGAUCACCCACGACAGCUCCCAGCGACGUCGCAGAACUCUGGUGGUUGACAAGGAGACCCAUGUCAUCGUGAGGGGCAGCCAACGCAACGGGCAGCACUCCAAGAGCACCAAGAGAGUAGUCAAAAUGCUAGUGGCAGUGGUAGUGGCUUUUUUCAUCUGCUGGGCACCAUUCCAAGUGCAGCGACUUUACGCCAUCUACGGGUUUGCGGGAGAAGACACCACAGCCACCGAGAUCCUCGUCUAUAAGAUCAUGACCUACGCCAGUGGCCUCCUGUAUUACCUCUCCACAACUAUAAAUCCCAUUCUCUACAACAUAAUGUCGCUCAAGUUCCGUCAAGCUUUCAAGAGCUCCCUGACCAAGUGCCUGGGUCGCGACCGCCUCCACAGGUCCGGGGAGUUGGCUAGCAGCGGAGGCGGUGGAGGUGGCAGUCUCGGCGCAGGUAGGUUCCACUUUGGUCGGUGUUCUUCCAGGAACCACAACAACAACAACAGCCUGAGCAGCGGCAACAGCAGCUACGUUGACCCCGGGACGGACCUCAGUAAGAGGCCACUCGUGGUGAGCUUCCGAAGAAGAAGUGUCAGAACCUCAACGAGCUCUCUACCACCGACCACCCAACCGGCACCUCCGUAUCUUCUGAACGUCCCAGAACUCAGUGUAAGCUCAGGGGACGACAGCCAGUGUCCUGUGCCGUGUCCUCGCCUCACCUCCACCCCUGUCCCCCGCAACCCCCGCAUAGAGGACAUCGAGAUCUUCCAGGAGUGCCAACUGAAGAUACAAAGGUCGGUUAAGCGACACAAGGACUCCAGCAAGUCCUGCUCUGUCAUCCGUCCUGAGAAGAGCAAGUUCCAUCCUGUCGACCAGGAUCCGCUCAGAUAUGUUCACAAGUCCUUUACUGUGCCGUGCUUGGUGCUCCACUGAAUAUAUAGUAACCACACACUUUUUCUUACGAAGAUUUCCCAUCUAUAUAAAC